AUGAUCAAAGGGCUUGAAAGGAACCAAAAUCCUGAAAAGGACAAGGGCAACUUAUGGGACUUGGCGGAGUCGGCCGGCGCUCCCUUCCCGAGACCAUUUGCAGCAGAGAGAGGAAUGAUUACAACUGGGAAGCGUCUUGAACUGGCGUCGCGCGAUGCGGCGCUUCCCCCACCACGCUCCCUCUUCGACCGGCGCGGCCUCGUACUGCGCCGAUUUUGUCAUUUUGACAAGCUGGCUGCCGACGACUUGGAUACUGAACAGUCUUUAUCUAAAGCUUCGGGUCUCUCAGUUUCCAACUUGGAUCUCGAUAUGUCGUUGCUAAUGUACGCGCCGCUCCAGGAGACGGUGCCGCUGCCGGAAAUGUACGAUUUCGACUUCCCCGGUUUGGAUUUUCGCACGCUGUCAGAAGCGCCGCCGGCCGAAGCGUUGGAGCCUUCGUUGCUAGAAGCUUCGUCGCUGGAGGAGUCGGCCGGCGACCUCUGGAAGGAGCUGUCAUCAGACAGCCGCCCUUCGUCGUCCCCGGAGCCGCCCAUCGUCAUGGACUUCAUGGACGACAACGAAGUGAUCGUGAAGCAGGAGACACUGGAAGACGACGUGUUCGAGUGGGGCGCGGCGCUGCUGGACGCGAAGCAGCUGCGCAACGACUGCAUGUGGUCGGCGGAGAGCGCCGAAGUGCCGGUCGCCGUGAAGAGCGUUGUCGUCGGCGACGCGGCCGCCGCAGCCGCCGCCGCCCUGUCGGCCACCGUGGUCAAGGAGGUGGCGACAGCCGCCGCUUCGGCAAAGUGCGAGGCGGGCGUCUCUGCGGUGAAGUGCGAACCGGUGGAGCCGGAGGACACGGUGGUGGCGGUGUCGUGUGGACCUGUUGUGACGACCGUCGCCGGUGCGAGCGCGAACACCUUGAGGACAGGCGCGCGCGCGCAGACGUCGCUUCUGAACAAAAGUGAAGUGAGUUUGUUGAAAACGAACAAUCGCAGUUUGCUCAUCUCUUCACGGACAGGCGUAGUGAGCGCUAGCUCGACCCCCGUGCCCUCCAGCCCCGUCAAGAACAAUGUGCUGCCCGAGCGUACGGAGCGUGUGAAACCUAGCGUGAUGUGGGGGCCGUGGGCGAGCAGCUCGAGCCAAGCGACGGCGACUUGCUUCCAGCAGACGUCGCUCGGCUCCGACGGCGACUCGCCACGCCCCUACACGCCCCCUUCGCAGUCCGAAUCCGAGGAGGACGAUGACCACCCGCGCUUCAGGCAUUCUUUUGACAUGGUGCUAGGGCUGGGUUCGGAACUGUUUGACAAUGUGGACAGUUCGUCGUCGGACGUGUCCGGCAGCUCCCUCGACGCGGUGUCAGUUUUCUGUGACACCGUCAACUGUGAUUUGGACUUGGACGACGAGGCGUAUGUGGCUUCUCUCGCGGAGGCCGCGGAACUCAUGUGCCGCCCGUCAGUGACCUACCACGCGUCGGAUAGCGGGCGCGCGAAAUCGAACUCUCGCAAGUCCGAGUCCGCCAGCCGGCGCGAGGAAAUAGAAUCCAGCAGACACGCGUUCAUGAGUGACCAUAGUUACCAUCUGAGCAAAGGAUCUGUCAAAACGGAGCAUCUCGGCGUGCAGACUCCAUCAGAUUCCGUGGACAAGGCCUGUUUAAAUCAAGUAGAGCGCCUGCUGCAGCAGAGCAAGCUGCCGGUGGUGGUGGGCGGCACCAACUACUACAUCGAGUCGCUGCUGUGGCGGGUGCUGGUGGCGCCGGAGCCCGACGUGUUCCCGUCGGGCCGCACGGCGUCCGAGUCGGAGUGCGCCGCCGCCUUCCACUCGGCGUCGGACGAGGACGGCCCGGCCAGCCCCGCCGCCGGCACCAGCGUGCAGACGGAGCCCGUGCGCGAGAGCGUCCCGCCCGACGACAGCGACGACGCCGCUCCGCUCCGCCCGCCUCCGCCACCGCCACCGGCCGGGGCGAACGGGCGGGCGGACGCCGGCGCGCGAGACGGCCGACUCGGAGUCUGA